AUGCAUUUACUAAAACUGUUGAGGUUGGAAAUUGAACAAAAAUAUGCUAAUGGUAUGAAAAAGUUUCCUGAAGACCCAAAAAAAUACAAUCCAGUACGGUUAUUAAAUCAUAUGAAGCCCGGUCUCAUAUUUAUUGAAACUAUUAUUAGUUCAAAUACGCAAUCAGUUUACCAAGUGAAAUGUGAAAUAGACAACAUUCCAUUCACUGGACAAGGAUUAAAAAAAAAGGCAGCAAAGAUGGAAUGUUGUAUCGCAGCAAUCAAAUAUUUUUGGCAAUUUGAUUUCCAUGCUGAAGUUGAUUUACAUGAUCUUCAAUACAAACUCAAGUUGAUUUACACAUGUACUCCGCACUAUAAUAUUAUGUUUUUGUAA